AUGACUGAAAUGAAACACGCAAGUUACGAAACAUUCGAAUUGAAAUACGCCAGGAGAAAACCCCGAGAUAAAAAGUCUUACAUUCUUGAAAAAGUAAAGCUAAAGUUAUCUCCGAGAGCUGUUCUAAAGACUUUUUCAUCCUUUUUUCCUAUUCUGCACUGGCUGCCAACAUACGACUGGACAAGAGAUUUACAUGGCGAUGUCAUUGCAGGCCUAACCGUUGGUAUCAUUCACGUGCCUCAAGGGAUGGCAUAUGCAAAUUUAGCUACUCUUCCGCCAGUUUAUGGAAUGUAUACUUCAUUCUUCACUUCUACUUUAUAUAUGAUUUUUGGCACUUCUCGACACAUUUCUAUCGGCGUUUUUGCUGUUGCAAGUCUAAUGGUCGGUGCCGUGAGAUUACGUAUUUUGCCCGAUUCGGAUUUAAUCUUAGAAGCGGUUAAUAGUUCGAGUGUAGAAACUGUGAAAUCAAAUACAGUUAAUUGUGGCCAAGGAAUAUCUCCAGUUGAGCUUACGAGCACACUUGCUAUGACUGUUGGCUUAUUUCAACUUGCAAUGGCAGUGUUGGGCCUUGCAUUCCUAACUACUUAUAUGUCAGAUGCUCUAAUUUCUGGCUUCACUACUGGUUCCGCAUUUCAUGUUUUCAUCGCGCAACUCAAUAAGAUUAUUGGAGUCAAAUUACCUCGGCAUUCUGGUUUCGGCAUGUUAUUCCUUAUAAUGCGUGAUUUGAUCUGGGCUUUGCCACAUAAAAACAACUGGGCUCUGGGCAUAUCAGUCUUAUCCAUAAUAUUUUUACUUAUUGGUCGUGACUAUAUAAAUCCUUGGUUUAAGAAGCGGUCGAAUAUACCUUUACCUUUUGAACUCAUAUUGGUGAUUUUAGUGACAAUAUUUUCAGUACAAAUGGAUCUCAAAGAGAAUUACAGGAUUAGCACAGUUGAUUAUAUUCCUCAAGGUAUUCCAAAACCAGCAAUACCGAAAUUCGAUUUAAUGCCAUAUUUAUUGAAAGAUGCUUUUGCAAUAGCAAUCAUUUCAUAUAUGUUUGUGAUAUCAAUGGCCAAGCUAUUUGCAAAGAAAAAACGCUACAAAAUUGAUCCUACGCAAGAACUCUACGCCAUCAGCAUCGCUCAUACAUUGUCGUCCUUUUUCCCGAUUUUUCCCGUAGGUGCCUCGUUAUCGCGGUCUGCUGUGUGUGCACAGUCUGGUGCAAAUACUCAGUUAAAUAUUUUGUUCUCCAGUGGAAUACUAUUGACAGUUAUUGUUUUUUUUGGACCUUUGCUUGAACCACUUCCCAUGUGUGUGUUGGCGUGUAUUGUGCUUGUUAGCCUCAAAAGUCUUUUUCUACAGUUCAACGAAUUGCCCAAGCUAUGGAGAAUUUCGAAGCCCGACUUUGCAGUUUGGUUAGUGAGUUGCAUAGCAACAGUAGCCUUUGAUGUAAUGACUGGCCUUACAAUAUCAAUACUUUUUACAUUUAUUUCUGUAGCAUUUAGAGAACAGCCCAAAUUAUUCGUGAUUGGUAGAACAAGUGAUAACAGAAUUUAUAAACCAUUAGCUUAUUAUGAAGGCUUAGAACCGGUCAACGAGAAGAUUAAAAUUGUCCGUUUUGAAGCUGCACUCAGUUUUAUUAAUGUGUCAACUUUUCUGGAUCAAAUUAGUAACGAACUGCAAACUGAUAUCAGUCGUAAUGAAAGUACUAAAGAUAUCAAAAACAAGGAAAUGACAGUUUGUGAAACAGAUGUUCAAGCAAAUUACGAAAAGCUAUCACAAAAAGAUGAAAUUACUAUGGAAAGUGUUAAACAACAAAAUUGGAAUGACAAUGCUUGCUUAUCAGUGAUUAUUGAUUGCGGAGCUAUAUCAAAUAUCGAUGCGAUGGGAAUAGAAGCAAUCAAAGAGGUUUUUCUGGAAGGACUGAAAGUGAAAAAGAAAGUUAUGUUUGCAGAUGUAUCAGAAAAAAUACUGGAUAUUUUCGAGCGAAUAAAUAUCUACUCUAUCAUACCUAGAACUUCCAUUUAUCCAUCACUGAAAGAAGCUCUUAGUGCUGCUAGUAAUGACAACUUAACUUAUGUGUAA